UUUAUUUUGUUUUGCCCCAAAAGUAAUUGAACUCCCUUCUAAGGGUUUAAGCAGGUAGCAGGAGAAGCUAGGGUUUUAGCCGAAUGCAUGUCACUUUACUUCUCCACGAUGACCACCAAAUUCCUCUCAGUUCCGACUAAUUUACUAUUCUCAUCCGCCAACACUCGCUACCUUCCUCAAUUCCACUCUCUGCUCUUUUUCCCCCACAAAUUUCCCUCCUUUCUACUCCAUCAAAGAACUCAAUUCCUCAUUAACCGAUUCCCCAAAUGCCAAAACCCCGCCAACCAAUCACCAUCCACAGCUCGAGAUCUACUGUCAGACGAUACCCGAGAAGCUAUUUCCCAGUUCCUUCAAGAAUUUGGAAUCUCCACCGAGGAUUCCAGUUCCAUUGCUUCAAACUGUCCCAAAUAUGCUAAGAUGCUUUUUGACAGCGUCAAAGAUUUGGAGGAGUUGAAUGCUUGGAAAAGUACUAUUGCUGAUGGAAGGGAAUUUGGUGUUUUGGGGUUUCAGGAGAAAUUGGUUUACAUGGCCAAGGAGAAAGGUGAUAACGGUAAGGUUGCUUUUCUGGAGAGUCUUGGGUUGAGUUUGUCUUCGGCAAUGAACGUUGCUCGAUACGUCUCUAGCGAGUCACUACUGGGUCUCAUUCACAAGGUUAAGUAUAUGAAGGGAGUAUUUUUUUCUGGCAGUGAUUAUAAAGGCCUCAUUGGAAAAAAUGCUCGACGAAUGAUGAUGCACUUAUCUAUUCCUGUUGAUGAGGAUUUGCAACAGACCUUGUCCCUAUUUGAAAAGAUUGAGGCAAGGCGUGGAGGUUUAAAUAUGCUUGGUUCCUUUGAUGCUUCUUUUCAUUAUUUAGUUGAAUCAUUUCCACAUAUUCUUGUCUUACCAUUAGACUCACACUUGAAGCCUUUAGUGGAAUUUCUCGAAAGUGUUGGAGUCCCCAAAGAACAUAUAGGUAGCAUAUUCCUAUUGUUUCCACCUAUCAUCUUAUGUGACAUCAAGAGCAUUAAAAGAAAAGUUCUGGUUCUUGAGAAGCUUGGUGCAGUUGGUGAAGAUUUUGGUAAAAUAUUACAAAAAUAUCCAUGGAUUCUCUCAACAGGUAUUCAAGAUAAUUACAAGGAGAUCAUUUCUUUCUGUAACAUGGAGAAGGUGGCAAAAAAGAGCUUUGACAAAGCUAUAAGAAGCUGGCCUCAUCUGUUGGGUUGUUCAACUAGUAAGCUGAAGGUGAUGCUGGAACAGUUUGAAGCAUUAGGCGUUAAAGACAAGAAGUUGGGACAGGUUAUUGCUAAAAGUCCUCAGUUACUGCUAAGGAAACCUGAAGCGUUCAUCCGGGUGGUUUCAUUUUUAAAAGAUCUAGGAUUUGAUGAGGAAAGUGUGGGAAAGAUACUUGUUCGCUGUCCUGAGAUUUUUGGUCUGAGCAUAGAGAAAACAGUACGGAGAAAAGUUGAAUUCCUCAUUUCUAUUGGUGUUUCUGAAGAACAUCUGCCUCGCAUUAUUAAAAAGUACCCAGAGGUUCUUGUGUCUGAUGUCAACAGAACGUUACUUCCUAGGAUGAAAUACUUGAUGGAGGUGGGACUGUCAAGGAAGGACAUUGCGUUCAUGGUCCGCAGAUUCUCCCCUUUACUAGGUUACAGCAUCAAUAAGGUCUUGAGACCGAAGUAUGAAUUCCUGGUGAAUACAAUGGAGAAAACAGUGGAAGACAUAGUGGAUUAUCCAAGGUACUUUAGUUAUUCAUUGGAAAAGAAGAUAAGGCCCAGAUUCUGGGUGCUCAAGGGAAGGAAUAUUGAAUGCAGCUUACAGGAUAUGCUUGAUAAAAACGAUGAGGAAUUCGCUGCCAAGUUUAUGGAUGAUGGGAGAAUGCAUGCUAUCCAAUCUCCUUCGCAUCAAUGAACUGUACAGUAGUUGUACCAUACUAGCAGCGCCUCCCUGUAAAUAGAAACACCACAAUAGGUAAUAGUUCAACCGAUGAAUGUCAGAUUUGUUUUUAGUCUACUAAAAUUAUAGAACUUUGCUUAAGGAGUUUUUGAGUAAUUGAUUUGUUGAUAAAUAACUAUUUUGAUGUGGGUUAUUGUUCUUCCGAAGAAGUGAGUGAAUGAAUCUAUAAUUCUUUUCCCUUUCUCCCA